AUGUCAUUUUGGGAAUCACUUAACUCUCAAAUAGAAGAGACAUACACAAAUUAUGAUGAAGUUGAGGAAGAGUUUGAGUUUGAACCAUCACAAUCGACUACUACAACAACGACGACAACGACAACUAGCACAACUAACAACAACAAAAAUAAUAACACCAGUAAUAAAUCAAAUAAAGAUAAAAGAAAAUCAAAGCAAACACCUGUUAAUGGUGAUGAAGUAGAUGAAGAUAAUGAUGAUGAUGAUUACGGUAAUGAACUUGACACUUCUGUUGAGGGCGGUGAAAUCGUUAGUCGAUUGAAACGUAGAAGAGUAUCAAAGAAUAGAGUAGUAAAACCUGUAGAUCAUGGCACAGCGACAGAUGAUCGAACCACGAGAAAGUCGGUCGCACAAGAGUCAGAUGCAAUUCACAACCAACUGUUUCAACUACCAUUGCGUUGGCCGUAUUACAAUCAAGAUCAGAGCGAGUUCUAUAGCAGCGAGAAAGUCUUACCUCAUAACUUUACCGAAGAGUAUCUCGAUCAUCUACAAGAGAAUAUACAAUCACUGUGGUCAAUCUUUAAUCCUAAAAAUGAUGAUAAUCAAUCGAUUGAAUUAACACCGAAUAUGAUAACAGUAUUAUCGAUGAUGUCAUCUACAUUUCUCACAGACUUACUUGAUAAUCUGUUCUACAACGAUGAGGUAAAGUCUGCUAGCUUCUCAAACUUUAAAUACAAUCUCAGGAAUUUGGAGAUUGAAAUACCAGAUGUUAUACAAUCUGCUAAUGCAUUAUAUCAAGUUCCAAAUAUAAAAGAGAUAAUGGAAAAUGCACAGCCACAAUUAAAGGAACUAUUAAAUAUUAGAAAUAGAUAUAGCAAUUCAAAGAAAACAGAUAAACAAACAGAACAAAGUCAUAUGCAAUCAUUGCUAAAAGAAGGUUGGAAUGUAAAGAUUAGUGAUAAAGGUGGAUGGUUAAAGAAUCAUUAA